AUGGCAGCCGUGGCACCCCCACCAGCUGCGGCGGCGGCUCCGGCUGCCGCGCAGCGCCCGCCGGCCCCCGCACACAAGAGCACCGCCAUCAUCCCCGGGUGGUCGCGGCCGCUGUCCAGCCAAGCGCUGACGAUUGAGUGCCAGAAGAUCACGCAGCCCAGCCGCAGCGCCGCCCCAAAGGAAUGCUACGGCGUGAUGGAGCUGGAGGUCAUGAAGUUUGUGGCCUACUGCGGCGGCCUCACCAUCAAGCUGCGCGUGGACGACCUGCAGCACGGUCCUGUCGACAGUGUGACCUGGGGAUUGGCAGCCCUGCGGGCUUGUCCUGCGCUGGCCAACGUCAACGUUGUGAUGGGCGCCAGCAGCCCGGCACGCGCGGCUGCCGGCGGCCGCGCCGGCAGCAGCAGCCCGAUGCCAGGCGCGCCGCCAGGCGCUGGCAGCAGCGGCGGCGGCGGCGGCGGCGGCGUGGGCCCCAACAAGGCCAACCCCGUGACAGCCAUGAGUGUGGACAACCCAUCGCGCAAGGCGCUGUUUGCGAUCUGCGCGACGGCGUGCGUGGCGCGGCCGGCGCGCGGCGACAUCCUGUCGAUGGACCUGUCCCCCAAGGAGGACGGCCAGCCGGUCAUCAUGGUGACCCUCGCGCACAACGACACGCUGCUGAUGCGCGCGGCGCUGCCGUGCGCGAGCAUCGCCGCGCUGCAGAUGUACCCCUUCAUCACGGCGCAGCCUGGCAUGGUCGUGUCGCUGCACGAGGCGCUCACGCCCAGCCCGCUGUUCACGUGGUACUCGCCCACCAGCGCCACCGCCGACAUCCAGAUGGCGGACCUGGACACCUGCGUCAAGUACAACACCACCGCGGCCACCAACGCGGCCGGCGUCGGCGAGUUCCACGGGUCCACAACCUUCACAGGCGGCCGCCACCGCUGGACGGUGCAGCUGGACAACAUGGGGCCGCACCCAGGCCACGUGUUUGUGGGCCUCGUGCACGCCGAGCAGAGCCAGGCGCCCAGCAGCAGCAUCCUCGCCGCGUCACUGCCGCAGGCGCUGGCGGGCCGCGCCCUGGGCGCGGCGCAGCAGCAGCAGGCGCCAGGCGCUGCGGCGCCCGGCGCCGUGGCCCCCGAUGCAGUGGCCGCGUCGCCUGGCGCACCAGUUGCUGCGGCGGCAGUGGCAGCGGGGGCGGCGGCAGUAGCUGGCAGCAGCAGUGCCAUGGCAGUAGCGGCGGGCGGUCUUCUGGCUCCUCCGGCAGCGCCGCGCGGAAAGUGGGGCGUGUGGGUGAAGCUGCCCGGCAACAACCCAACUGCCCCCGGGGGUGCGGCGACGCCGCCGCUCGACGGCUGCGUGCAGACUGUAGAGAGCAGCAGCAACCACUGCUGCAUCACGGUGGACCUGGACCUCAUCGGCGGCUACGCCAAGUUCUUCCGCAACGGCCACCUGCUUGGCAGCGCGUUCACUGGGCUGGUGGCGCCCAUCUCGCCCGCGCUGGCCUUCCUGCAGGGCGCCAACCAGCACCUGCAGGCGGGGCUGGUCAACAUCACCAAGCUGCAGCAGCUUGACCUGGAGUGGAACGCGGAGGCGUGCAGCGGCGACCUGCGCAUUAGCGGGCGCUCGGUGCAGAAGGUGUCUGAGGUGUUUGGCGACUACUCCACGGUGCUGGCCAACCAGGGCUUCAUCUCGGGGGUGCACCUGUGGCUGGUCAAGGUCAACCACCUCAGCGAGCCGGACAGCAUCUUCAUCGGCGUCUGCAGGGGGUGCAUGCCGCUGGACCAGGACCCGCAGGACCUGCGUGACCGCACCUAUUACCUCAGCAAUGGUGUCAUCCGAGUGGGCGGUCGCCGCGUUGCCACAACCACCGCCAACUUCACCAAGGGUGACAUCGUGGGCGUGGUGCUGGACGCAGAUCAGGGCGAGAUCGUGUUUCUGCGCAACGGCAUUGAGCAGGGCCGCGCGCGGGGCAUCCGUGGACGGCUCUACCCCUUUGUGUCGAUGGACAGCGAGCUGGACCAGAUCACACUGCUGGGCUCCUACACGCUGCCGCUCAACCGUACGCCGCGCACCCUGGCGGACAUGGAGUGGGACACUGUGGGCCGCGGCGCUGACCUGGAGCUGUCCUCCAACUGCCUCACGGCCACCAAGAGCAGCAGCGCGGCCGCCUCCACUGUGACGGGCACCAUCCUGUACGCAGACCGCGGCUGCCACGAGUUCCACGUCAUCCUGGACAGCCUUGGGCCAGACGGCAUCUGGGUCGGCGUCGCGGCGCCCGGCAUGGACACGGCCAAGUGCGUCGGCGACGCCGGCUGCGGCUGGGCGCUGCACAGCGACGGCGAUCGCCGGUUUGGCGGCCGCGAGGAGGAGUUUACGGGCGCCUUCAAGAACGGCGACGUGCUGACGGUGGGCAUGGACCUGGCCAACGGCGUGCUGCGCUUCAGCCGCAAUGGUAUCCACCUGGGCAAUGCGUUCACGGGCGUCACUGGGCCCCUGGUGGCGGUGGUGACUCUGGCCAGCGAGGAGAGCAAGGUGACCAUCCAGAACCGCCCAACAGUGCUCAACAUGGGGGAGUACACAGGCGAGCUGCGCUGGGACGAGGUGCGUGCUGGGCGCGACCUGCACGUCAUCGACGGCCUCACGGUGACCAAGAUGAGCAACGAGGGCGGCGACUACGCCACCGUGCUGGGCACGCUGUGCGUCGCGAGCGGGCAGCACAGCUGGAACGUGUACGUGAACCACGUGGAGGACAGCAACCUCUUCAUCGGCGUCACAGUGGGCGGCCACGACCUCAACGCGGACCCCCAGGAGAUGAAGAGCCGCACCUACUACCUCUCCAACGGCACCAUCCGCGUUGCAGGCAAGCUGGUCACGCGCUGUGCGGAGCCCUACGCGGAGGGCGACCUGGUGACAGUGCAGCUGGACAUGGACGCUGCAUCGCGCCACAUCGCAUUCUAUAAGAAUGGCGUGCUGCAGGGCGCGGGGGACGGCCUGCCCGGUGAGCGGCUGCCAGAAAGCGUAGCGUUUGGGCCCGAUGCCAGUCCCGCUGGCGCUGAUUAG